AUGGCUUCCGCAGCACGCCAGUUUCUCCGCACUGCCACGCGCACCGGCACGCGCAACGCCUUCGCCGUUGCCCCCCGCGUGGCCUUCCGCCAGGGCGGCCGCCGCGCCUACUCGUCUGAGCCGACCAAGUCGUCCAACUCGACCUGGCUCUGGGUCGCCGGUAUCGCGGCCAUCGGCGGCGGUGCUGGCUACUUGUAUACCCAGCAGAGCGGCGGCGUCCCCAAGGUCUUCAAGGCCACCCAGAAGGAUUACCAGGCCGUCUACAACGAGAUCGCCAGCCGCCUCGAGGAGAAGGACGACUAUGAUGACGGCAGCUUCGGCCCUGUCCUCGUCCGCCUCGCCUGGCACGCCAGCGGCACCUAUGACAAGGAGACGGGCACUGGCGGCAGCAACGGUGCCACCAUGCGCUUCGCCCCCGAGUCGGAUCACGGUGCCAACGCUGGUCUGAAGAACGCUCGUGACUUCCUCGAGCCUGUGAAGCAGAAGUUCCCUUGGAUCACCUACUCUGAUCUGUGGAUCUUGGGAGGUGUCUGCGCCAUCCAGGAGAUGCUUGGCCCCAAGAUCCCCUACCGACCCGGCCGGUCCGAUAAGGACGUUUCCGGCUGCACCCCUGACGGCCGUCUCCCCGACGCCUCACAGGCCCAGGACCACCUCCGCGCCAUCUUCGGCCGCAUGGGCUUCAACGACCAGGAGAUCGUUGCUCUGUCUGGCGCCCAUGCCCUCGGUCGCUGCCACACCGACCGCAGUGGCUACUCGGGUCCCUGGACCUUCUCCCCUACCGUCCUGACCAACGACUACUACCGCCUGCUCCUUGACGAGAAGUGGCAGUGGAAGAAGUGGGACGGCCCCAAGCAGUACGAGGACAAGACUACCAAGUCCCUGAUGAUGCUGCCCACCGACUAUGCCCUGAUCCAGGACAAGCAGUUCCGGCCGUGGGUUGAGAAGUACGCCAAGGACAACGACCUGUUCUUCGAGGACUUCAAGAACGUCGUCCUCCGGCUCUUUGAGCUCGGUGUGCCUUUCGCUGAGGGUACCGAGAACCAGCGAUGGGUGUUCAAGUCCUCCAACGACGAGUAA